AUUCGUAAACAAGUACUGACAGUCCGGUCCGCGAACCGAAAACAAACUAGCGUUACUUCACUUCACUGACUUGUGUUUGGAGGAUUUUAGCUCAACAGUAGGUCGCGUUCUUUUCAUUUCGCGCUUCAGUAAAGGUUGAACUAGGUACGAAAUAUGUUGCGCUUGUCCAUUCUUUUGGCUUUGGCCGUGGGUGCCUACUCCCACCUGUGCCUUAUCAACCCACACCAGCGUGGUUCUGCUGCGUCCAUCAAUAAACCAGGUGCUGAUGACUGCGGCUUGACAACCGGUCCAUGCGGUGGACGCCAUGGUGGUCAGCCAAUGGUGGCAGUGCCCUCUGGCGAGACUGUCAACAUCACUUUCCAGAAGAACCUCAACCAUUUCAAUGCUGAGAAGCCGGGUCACUUUGCUUUUGCCUUUGGCACAGAGCAGAAGCUGGAGGCCAUUGGUAUGACUCCUGAUACCAACACAAGCUCACCAUGGCUGUACGAAUUCCCCAUUGACGUGCCAAAGGUUGAGAAGCGUGAAACCGGUGUCCUUCAGGUUACAUAUGUCACCAGCAACCCCAAUGCGCCUGCUGUCUUCUACCAGUGCGCUGAUGUGGAGAUCAUUCCAUGAACAGUAGUACUGUAGUACUGUGAUUAGUUCCACUGUGAUUAUGGCUUUGCCGCUGCGCACAUCUAGCUGCUGGGCAACCUUUCACGGCUUGUGUUUUUCGUGAAAUUAGUAACAGGAAUUUACUCAUGAUUCACAUUGUGUCUCAGAAUUGGAGUGUUGUGCCAUUUUAUCUGCUUUCUGUUUCUUCUUCGUCUUCUUCUUAGAGUGUAGAAUUGAGUUAGCCACCAUUUCACCGUUGUUGGCGUGAGUUUCCUGGAAGCGCUUUCACAUGCAUGGAAAGGAUAACAAUGACGUCAGUGUAUUGUUGCUGGUGUAUGGCAAACAGGAAAAUGGUUGUGAUUGAAUGUGGA